AUUUCUAUGCCGGAAGCUAGGAAAAUUUCCUCGAAAAGUGGUAGACACUCGAGACGAAGGCUCUUUAUUUUUUAUUUUUUAGGUUAGGCAAGUGACAGCUCUGGGAGUAGUAAGUAAAUUGUGAAACUGUUUCUGGUAGUUUUUUUGAACAUAAAUCUACUCCCGUAUGUUCUACGGGUUAAUCGUUAGUGUGAGAAUUUCACGUAAGCUUAUCGAAUUGAAAAACUGUAUUGCAUCGGAAUCAAGCUGUAGGGAAAAUUUAGGACGUGGACGAAAAGUUUGACAGUUCCGAGACAGAGCGAGAAGGAGAGUGACGUCACAAACGUUUUGGUGUGAACAUCGUGUGGCAUAACUUCCGAAGCAAGGGUGUUUGAAAUUCGCGGCUUGGCGGAACCGAGUCCGGAAAGCGCUGUGGUUUCUUUCGGCUAACAAGCUAAGACAGCACCAGCUGCUUAGUGUGGGCACAUUUAGUGGGGGCUUGCAAAAGAUAAAGAAGAAGAAGAAGAAGAAAUCUUGUUUGAAUUCAGAAGAAAAGUAACAGAAGGACUAAAAUAGCGCGCGAAGGAAGUAGAAGGAAGAUCUUUGUUGAAAAAAUUGAACAGAACCAAGCUUCAGGCAAAACGACUAUUCUACUAGUACGCAUUGAUAUUUGCGGUGCUUUCGGCAGUAGCAGCAUAAUAAAUAACAGCAUCAUGGGUGACGCUAUCAACUUUGGACCCGCAUGGCUGCGUAAAGUUGCUACUUUCGAUAGUAAUGCUGUGAGUAGCAUUGGUGGGCCACCCCAUAGUAAUGUCAAUAAUAACACCACCGCCACCACCACCAACAGCAGCAGCAGCAGCACCAACAAUAUUCAGACGACCAUCAGUAAUAACAAUAACAACAAUAGUAGCAGCUCGAUCUCGGCUGGUGGUGGGGGUGGAUCGACUAAUUUGUCGGCUGCUAAUGCUGCAGCAGGUUCUGUUGCCGUAAGUGCUGCAGGAGCUGCCACCACAACGACCAGGUACGCGUUGGCUGAGUUCCGGUACGGGAGGGAGGAAAUGUUGGCACUGUUCGACGUGAAAUCGGUCAAAACGCCAGAGAUAUUGGUUAACUUCAAAAACCUAUACGUUGAGAAGCUCCAGUGUCCUCUGGCGUUGACUCCUAGCACGGACGAUGAUGUGGUUCCGGAACCGGAUACCAGGCGUCCCUGGCAGUCCAGAAGUAUUUCGUUGGGUGUUCCAGGGCGUGGUGCCCGCGGUGGUUCAGUGGAUCGAGGAAGAGGUCGAGGUAGAGGGAUCUAUCUCGGGUAUCAAAGGUCGACCUCUUUCUACGACGAUGAGUCCAGGAGCGUGGGAAGAGGUGAACGACCAUGGCUGGAACGCAACGGCACCGGUGGGACCCUCAGUGGCAGUACGGGAAGCGGUGGUGGUAGCGGCGGCGGCGGCGGUGGUGUUAACGCAGGUAGCGAAGCGGACUGGAAUAGUUCUACUUCGUCACCUCGUAAGGAGUUUGGAGUUCGGGCACGGACGGCCAACAUGGAAAGUUGGCGCCGGGCUCGUCCGGAUGACGAACCAAAUGCUACCGAUUGGCGCAGCGGUAGUGUGGGCACGACGGUUCUGUCGACCGGUUCAAGCUUGCGGGACAAGUGGUCACGUUCGACUAGUUGGCGCGAAGAGGACAGAGGAACUAGCGAUGGUCCCGGGAUGACUCGUUCCGGUGCGUUGAACAAUCUGCAUCCUUCUGCAAGCAGCGAACGCAUUAUUCCGUCAUCGGGGGCAUACAAGCCGCGACUCUCGGCACUGAGUGGCGGUGGUGUGAAUGAUUUGAAUACGAGUAGCGGCGGUGGUGAACGGAUGAGUGCAUUGCGGCGAAAUUGGGAAACGGAAGAUCAGCUUCCGGAGUGGGCGACAGAGAAUCCUUCCGAUUACGGUGGAAGCUUCGAUGCGAGUGGGGCGUUCCAUGAUUCCGAUAAUGACGUCGAUGGUAGAUUGGAGGACGACAGCGGCAAGGAAAAUCAUUUGGAUAGAAAAACAGGUUCGGAUACGAGUUCCAGAAAGAGUGUUUCGUCAAAGGAAGGAAGUACACCGAAGGAUGAAUUACCUAAUCAUGUUUCAGACAAGGAAGAAUUGCCCGUCGAAUCCAAAAAGGAAAGCAAUCAAGAGGAACGUCCUGAAGCAGACCAGAAAGAAGAGGUUGAGUCCAGUAGAUCGAAAGAGGAUACCUUCAGUGGAAAGGGACUGUCGUCAUCUCGUGAAUCUAUCAGUUCUCAUCCUUCAUCGGUGGAAGCUCCGAAGGCAUCUCAAGAAGUAGUGGUUGAAUGUGACAUUCUUAAACCGACCACGAACAACAACAGCAGCAGCAGCAGUAGCAUCCUGAACAAUCCUAAUCCCAACGAAAGUCGUAGUAGUAGUAGCGAGACACAAUCCAGUGAUGAACCGAAGAAAUCCGCUUCUAGUUCUAGUGUAGAUCGUAUGCAAGAAGUGGCCGAUGAUAUGGUUGCGCAGUUGAUUAUGGAUGACGAAUAUACGGGUGGCAGCGAAAUGAAUGCCACUCCGUUGGUAAUGCAUUCUUUGAACAAAUCACCUGUUCUCGAAUCACAAAUGCCAAUGAAUCUGUUGCUUUCGAAAGAUCCAGUGGCAAUGCAACAACUGUUCGGGGAAAAUGGUACUAGCAAUAGAAAUAUGCUUCUUUCGGACGUUAAUCGUUCGAUGUUGCAUGGCGUUGGUCCACAGAUACCAUCACUACAUCCAGGGACAGAUAUAUGGUACUACAGGGACCCGCAGGGUAAAGUUCAGGGUCCGUUCCCAGCAUCGGAAAUGACUGAGUGGUAUCGUGCGGGAUAUUUCGAUGAUUCUCUCUCGGUACGUCGAGCUUGUGAUGAAAUAUACACAACGUUGGGGACACUUGUAGCUCUCUGUGGUGGUGCCAUUCCAUUUUUGAACUCGAUGAACAUACCACCGAUUAAGAGCAAUACGAUUAACUCUAAGCAACAACAACAACAACAACAGUCUCAACCCUCUCCGGCUCUGACCAGCUCAUUCCAGCAACAGAAACCUGCCUCUACUCUUCAGCAUCUUCAUCAACAAAACCAACCGCUCGAUACGGACCUCUCGGCGCAGUUUCAGUUCACCAAGAAGUUGAAUCUGUUACGGCAGCAAAGUAUCGUGACGCAGAAACUAGAACAGUUCGAAAACUGGCGACUGUUGACUCCUGAUCAGCAGAACGUCAUUAUCGCUCAACACGUAGCACAGCUGCAGUUGAAUGAGAGUAUGUUGAUAUCGCCAUCGCUUCCACCGCCUACCAGUUCUACGAAUCCUCCCAAUACGACAAGUAUUUUCGGUGGUAUUGUGCCCCAACAAGAAUCGCUAGUCAAUCUCAAACAGGCGCAACAACAGCAGCAGCAGCACACCCAACAACAGAAUCAAGUACAGCAGAAUCAGUCGCAACCGCAACCCGGUCCCCAUCCUGUGCUUGAGCAGUUGCAAAAGUCUAACAGUCUGAACAGUGCGUUCCAGAAAAUGUCGAUACCCGAUUUUGGACAACCCCAAUCCGGGCGGCCGAUGCUUGGUAAUCUUAGCGUCGAUCCCAUUGCCGGUCACGACAGCUUGGGACAGCUGAUCCAUAGCAUUAACUUUAACCACCAACCUCCAGUACAAAACCUUCCGCUCAGCACCAAUAUGCUGUUGAAGCAUAACAUGAUGAGUAGCAUGACGGCACAAUCCCAUCAGCAGCCGCAGCAACAACAACAACAGCAGCAGCAUCAAUCGCAACAGCCACCUGUACCGAAACCGAACAUAGAAAACGAUCCAAUCCAGUCGCUGCUAAUGCAACUGUCGAUGCAUAAACAACAACAGCAACAGCAACCGUCGUCUGUGCCGCCGGCGAAGGCUCCAGUGGAACUGAUGUCGCCAUGGUUACAGACGCAAUCGAUGCCACCGCAGCAGUCAAGUUUGCGCCCACUAAGCAGUGGAUGGGGCGACCUGCCACCGACGAGUGCUUCCUCGUUUGGCUCGUUAAUCACCCCACAAUCCCAGCCACAGUCUCAUUUGGGUGGCGGUCAUCCUAUGGGCAAUGCAAAUGUUGGCAACGAACCACAGGCCCCCUCGGUUGUUUCUCUGUUCAAGCACCACCAGCAGGCUGAAAAACAAAACCAGGAGAAACUAGUCUCAGAGUCUCAACAACAAAAACAACAGCAACAUCCAACACAGCAUCAGCAGCAGCAACAACAGCCGCAACAACAGCUGCAUCACCAACAACAGUUACAGCAACAAACACAGCAUCAUCAUCAUCAGCAACAGUUACAGCAGCAACAACAACAACAACAAAUUCAGCAGCAUCAACAAGCUAAUCAUCAAUCGAAUCAACCAUUCGAGCGAACUCCGCAAAAGCAACCGAUAGAAAACAUGGUUACUCAACAGCAAUACACUUCGAAACCCGUUAAAGAGGAUAGAAAAGAGCAGGAGCAUUUUCUUCAGCAACAACAACAACAACAACAACAGCAGCAGCAACAGCAGGCCCAACAGCAACUUCACCAAGUUCAACAUUUCCAACAGUCGGUAAAACCGGAAAAACACAACAAGUCAAACAACAAAAUGGUGAACAAUGUGGAUGUUGAAGAGCAGUUAGCUGCUGCGGCAAGCAAGACUGCCCCACCGAAGGGGAACAAAAAGCAGCAUACAAAUCAACAACAGCAGCAGCAGCAUAAACAACAUCACCUGGAUGAUGAGCAGGGGGAAUUCAUCAAUCUCAAAAAAGAGAUGGAAGAGAAGAAACGCCAGAAGGAACUGAAGAAGCAGCAACAGGAAGAGGUCAAACGGAAGCAACUCGAGGAUAAAAAGAAACAAGAGGAGUUAGAAGCUCAGAAAAAGGCAAAGCUCUUAGAAAAUCAGCGUCGUGAAGCGCUGAAAAUUCAGGAACAGCAGCCGCAACAGCAACAGCAAACUCCAUCGCAGCGCCCGGUUACCAAGGUUGCUCCCUGGUCUGCGUCUAAUGUCGAGACUGUCAACAGUGGACCAAGCCUGGCUGAAAUCCAAAAGGCAGAACGCGAACGCCGUGUUGCUCUAGCGCGCCAGGAGCAAUCACUCCGGGAGCAACAACAACAGCAAGAAAUGGUAGAACUUCAGUCCCAGAUCGACAGUAAGCUUAAGUGGAACGCCCAAAAUCUGAUUCCACAGAAUAUUAAGUCUCUGGCAGAGAUUCAGGCCGAGGAAGCCGCAGCUGCGGAGCGUGCUCGCGAAAAGAAUGCCGCUGCUAUCACUGCGGCUGCCAUUGCAGCUUCCUCUUCGAAGCCUUCGAAGAAAGAUGAUUUGCUUGGUACGGUCGUCUGGCAGAGUCACGGUAAUGUUCUGACUUGGAAUACAGCCAAGCUAUGGGGAAACUCGGGUGACGAACAGAAUAAUGUUAGUUCCGGAGGUUUCUGGGAGGAACCAAAUCCUUCCGCCAAGAACGGCCGUCAAAAGCAAAAUCAUCAGCAGUUGGCUCACCAUCAACAACAACAACAACAACAGCAGCAGGCGCAAAACCAGAAGCAAAUGUUGAGUAAGAGUAAGACAAUGGGAAGCAUCUCGACUGCAUCGUCUUCGAAUGCUGUAGCGGCCGCUAAACAGCAACAGCAGAAAACCCAACAGCAACAUCCACAGCAAGGUCGGAAUGCCAUGACCAGCAAGGGUCCUAAUGCCGGGAAGAACGCUUCCGGUUCCGCAGGUGCCGGAAACGAACGAAAAGAACGUAUGCCUAUUUCCGACCAGACCGGUGAAUUCACCGGCUGGUGCACUCGUGCUUUGACUUCGCUAAACAGCAACGUUGAUAUUCCGACAUUCGUUGGUUUUCUGCAGGACAUUGAAUCACCGUUCGAAGUGAAGGACUACAUUCGGCUGUAUCUUGGAGAAACGAAAGAAUGCUCCGAGUUCGCUAAGCAGUUCCUGGAGAGACGCUCCAAGUACAAGAAUUUGAUGCGCCAGAAGAAUGCACACAUUGACGACAUGUGCAAACCGGCUCCGGCCAUCAAUCCGUCGUCCAAUGAUUUCCAGGAAAUUAAGGGCAAAGGUAAGAAAGUGAAGAAAAACAAAAUGACCAAGCUCGAUAAUCGAAUUCUGGGCUUUUCGGUGACCGCUGCCCCGGACCGCCUGAAUGUGGGUGAUCGCGACUACGGCGAUAAUGCUUAAGUCGUACCCUGUCAGAACUUUUUCCCCUCCUACCACACAAACACAUACACAAAGAAGAAAGAGAAGAAAAACACACAUUUAGCAAUAAGUCAGAGAGAUAUUUUUUUUCGUUAGUCGUUGUUUCGAUAGUAGUAAUACUGCAAAGUAAUUCCAUUAGCCAGCAGAGUUAGUUUUGGCAUCCGGACAUCCCAAAUAGCUCCUAUACAACAACAAAAAAUAGCGGAAAGCCUUACUUAGAGUACCGACAUGUUAUUUCGAUGUUUGUUUGGAAAUUUUAAAGCCUAUUUAUCAUUUUGAACUGUAGGAGAUAAUCCGAUGUUUUGUGUUUCCUAUGUUAGAUUUCACUGUCAUUGAGUGAGAAUUUCAUUUUUGCGUUUUCUGAUUAGAAUUUGUUUAUUUUGCAAAUACCUAUAGGAUUCAAACUACACGCAAAUAUCUUGAACCGACUAUGAACUGGUUUUCUGGUACGCGACUCGCAGACGCUGCAAGACGGGGAGGCACUCGUGUUUUGUAGUAUAGACCCGCCGAGGUGGUUCACCAUUAAUCAUACGCUUGUGAAAAUUAUGUAUAAAGAAACAAAUAAUUUAUUUUUGCAAUGUUAGUCGGUAACGGGUUUUCGGAUGUCGAAAAGAAAUCGGAUAAUUCGCCAAAUAAUAGUUACUUUUUUUUUGUUGGAAAAUAAUUCAAUCAAUAAUAGAGUCUUAAUAUUUUAUGUUACAAAAUUCGGUCCUUUUAUUGAAGCGUUCUCAUUGCAUUCGUAAAACUGUACGAUUUUAUGUGAUUUGAGUCUAUACCCACCUUAAAUUUCCAAUCUGACUUUUCUUUCAUGUUCAAGCAAUCAAAUUUUUACUGUACCGAGAAGUCAUCUUCAGUCAACUUGGUACUCAGCUAAUCGUAACCAGUUAAUGUUGAGACACAAACAUUUUACGUCACCAAAAUCUUGGUUAGCCUUUGACAGUUUCCUAGUAAUAUUCGCUCAAACUCAAGCAAAGUGUAUAGUUUUAUUCUUUAAAUUUGACCUAGGAUUCACGAAAAGAUUGGCAAUAUGUGUAAUCAAAAUUUAAAAUUUUUUGGCGGUUCCACCGAAAAUUAAGACUUUUCCGAAAUUUAAUUUCCGUAUGUUCUUAUUUGGCUCAAAUUUUGCAUAAACAUUAUUUACGGUCAACUUGCUAUCUUCACGCUGGCCUUACGUUUGAUAGAAGUUAAAUCAAUUAACAUAAACAAUCGAGUAUAUGUAUUAUACAAACACGGACCUACGGGAUAGUGUAGAUUUUCUGGCAGCUGCCGGAAUGCCCUUGUCCUAGCUGGGUUAUGCCAAAUGGCCUUAUGGCAAAAGGCCUUUCUGCCGAACGACUCUAUGCCAAAUGACCUCUUUGUCAGCUGAUUGUAUGCCUAAUGAUCAUCGAUCGUCAAAACGAGGUAAAAAUUGAUGCAUCUUGCAUUUUUUUAAAUAAGACCUAAACAUAAAUUUGCUUAUGAAAGGUAUUGGGGUAUUGUACCAAUAGUCAUCUUAUUAGUAGGGUCGCCAUGUUUUUUUCAUUUGCGGAUUACUCGACCUUCAAUCAACGAAUGCACCUAUUUUCACCUUACCCUUAGAGUCCAUGGAUCGAGCAUAAACAAAACAGAUAUCACUCUAAUUUAUGGUUUGAGUAUAUGAGAUAACUACUAAGACGGAAAUGAGUGGAGAUACCGUUACGUUACUCCUACUUUGAAUGCACAACCUUAAACUUAAACUUUAUUUCCGACAUUUUGCACAUUAUUAUUCUGAUAGAAAAACAAAGUCUCCAGGACUUGUAUGACCAGCGAACUACUAGUUUUAUUUAAUUGAUUUUACUACACUUUAUGUACCGCUUCCGUAUUCGAUUUUUUAAUUUUUUUUUUGCUUCGUUGUAGCUAAUUUUAUUUCAUUAUGAAUUUUUUGUUUGAGAUAUUGAAAUAUUUUUUGAAGUUUAUGCAAGUAAGAAAAAUUUUGGGCAAUUCUAUCCUAAAGUUUUUUUUCAGAAUAACUACAAUAAAAAUUCUGGGUUUGUUCAAUAAAAUGUGGACAAAUAACAACUUUGCUUUUGCUUAUCAAUACUUCUUUUUAUAACACAAACAAAGCAGGGAUUUAUUUGUUCUAGUCGAAAUUUUUCUCCACUCUGAGCGCGAAACGAUUUGUUCACUCGUUGAGAGUCACAUGGGAAAAGAAAAUCAGAGACUGACCUUAUUUUGUUCUUAGGACACAUCAUCAUCUUUUUUUGGAAAGUCUUCCCAAAACAAUCAGAAGGAAACAAAAAGGAACUGCCACUGCAUCCAUACUUGACAUUUGAUCAUAACGAAUGAAGUUGAAUCAAAGCAACCAAUGAGCUUUGUCUCGUUACACACUUACCAACCGCUACCUAAUGUUAGGUCGAAACAUACCCAAAAUCAACUACAGUGCAAACGAUGAUCUCAAUGUUUAGCUAAAUGAUGGUUUAGCCAAAGUGUUAUGGAAACUUUGGCAAUGCUCGCUUUCUAUUUUUUUACAAUCAAGUCAAGGUUUGAGUAGAUAACGGUUCAGUUACUAAACACUAUGAACUCAGAAGGAGUAAUCGGCUAUUUACCCAAAAUUUGAGCGGAAGCCUAAUUUUGGGUAGCUCAUAGAAAAGCUCGACAAAGAGCGAUUUCUCUUCAAAAAAAGUAAACUCGAUUUUCAGUGUACAACUUUGCCUCGUAGUCAUCUGUUAAAAUAUUUUUCAAAAAUGUAUUCCUUCUGUUGAUGCUACCCUAUUUGGAAUAAUACCGUUUGUCAUAACGCUGAUUGACAUAAUGCCAUUAAUGUCGACUUCCAUUGAUUACACUCGCUCGGUGGCAGUAUUUUGCACUGAAAUUUGAUCAAAUGAACGGUUUUAUGAAACUUGCAGUGUUAUUUGUUCAUUUCUGUUGAUAUUUUUGCUCGAAAAAGUAAACGGGUUCAGAUCACUCCACGAGUGGAUUUAAUAAAAAAUGGUACUGGCAUGAUUAUUAUUUAGCCUAAUGGUCAUUUGGCAUAGUGAUCAUUUGGAAUAAAAUUUUCUUUAGUGUUUGAUGCUGUAAUGGUCGUUUGGAUAUUUAGUAUUUAUUUAAUAUUUACCAGUGACACUCCUAGCUUUACAUAAACCGAGCAAACGGGUGGCUUAGAAUUUCUCUUGCAAAAGGCUGCCGCUCCCGAUUUAAUCACUGAUCUUGUUACCUUGUCGUCGUAAUGAAAUCAAAAUUUCGGCUUCGCCACAACGGAGUUUCGAGCUUAACUGAAGGAUAGUUCCUAGCUUUGAGUAGACCGGACAAACGGGCGGAAUACAGGUUUGCUGCUACCGACGGCAAAGAAAUAAGUUUUUGAAAUCCAUGUAAAAGCCGAUAAAAAGAGUUCAGAAUUAGCGAUGUUUUGAGCUAGGGCUUCCCCUUGUUCAGAGCAUCGAAAUCUCGAGAGGCUCAAAUUCUCAAUUCAAAAAUUGAAAUUAAACAAUAUUGUCAGCGAGUAUAAAACAUAAAGUUAACCAAAAUUGAUAGGUAAUGUGUGAGAUUUUCCAUGUUUGCUUCCAAGAAUUUUGCAGAGCUACCGCGGCACACAAAAAUAGUUUUCCGAAGUUUGCAGUAAGUAACAAGAAAUUAUAAGGUAGUUCACAAUUAAUCAUCAGUGUUCAUUUGCCUGGUAUAUGCUUCCGGGUAACAUUCGUCGUCGGAAGCACUUGAAGACGCUGUAGGAAGUACGUUUGUCUAUGUUUCCUCGUAUUGUUCGGUUUGCGUAAAGCUAGUUUCUAUGAUUCAGUCAAAUCCCAUCGUGUAGCAGCGAAGUCGGACAGCAAAAAUCUACCCGGUUGAUUCAACGAAGCAAAUUUUAAUACUGCAUGGAAUGAAAGGUCCUUGGCCUCUCACAGAAAAGACGUAAAUAGUUUCGAACCGUGUACAUUUUUGUUGGCCCAAUACAAAAUUUCAUGACAAUCUAUCCACUAGUGUUUGAAUAACCGCCCUUAUUCGGAAUAACGACGUAUUGGUUUUUCGAUCAAAUAUGGCUCGGUCGAAUCCUAGCUACCUUUGAUUUUGCUAACGUUAUUAGGAAUACGAAUUAAAUACGAUCAAAAAAACGAUACGUCGUUAUUCAGAAUAAGGGCGAACAGCUGAUCGUGUCAGACGAGUUCUAGUUUUCAACAAGCUAUAGAAAAAGACGCACCAGCGCAUUCAUGCAUUAAAGCAACGGUGAAAUUAAAUAAUUUACGGUAUGGAUUGGUCUAUCAUCCCCCGUAUUCUCCAGACCUAGGGCGACUAUUUUCUAUUUCCAAUCCUGAAACAGUUUUUCCAGGGAAAAAAUGCUAAGGUCAUUGCAGAAACGGAAGCCUAUUUUAAAGGCCUUGACAAAUCUUUUUUUUUUUCAAAGGGCAUCAAAAUGUUGGAGGGCCGAUGGGUCAAGUGUGUCAAGUGAUCGAGAUGAAAAUUAUACUGAAGAAUUAAAAAUCGGCUUUUUCUUUAUUAGGUCCGAGACUUCUCAUUCCAUGUAGUAUACGUUUGUGAUUUUGCAAAAGUCAAACAGGUUUUCGACGAAACUAUCUAUUCGGUGAAAUGACCCGUUUACAACUGUUUUCUUAAGUUCUCAGCAAUUCCUUGUUAUUUAUAGCAAUUUCGUAUAAGUUCUUACAGUUUAGAAAACUUGAUUUUCUUGUGAUUUGAUUUUAUUAUAUUACUGAAACAAUUUCUGCCAAACGAUUUCGUGUAUUUGCUAGGAAUUCGUUGAGUAUUUUUAAUUUUGACUACUUUUUUGUAGUUUUCCUAAAAAAAUAAUAAGAUCGAUGUUUUGUAGCACAUCUGAUUUUUGUUCUUUUGAACCACACAAAUUAGCAGUUCUGCCGAAAAACAAAAAAAAAAACAAAUCUUCCAUAAUAUCUCCAACAGCUAAUAGUCAAAUUAGUAGCUCCUAAAAAUAGUACUAGAAGUGCGUGACUUUUUUUUAUUUGAACGUAUUACCAGCAUAUACUGAAUAUUCCAGUAAACUUGUAAUAAUCAAUAAUAUUUAAACAGAAAUCAAACACAAAAGCAUAAUACGUUUUUUUUAGAUUACGGAGCAAUUUAUAACAGGUGUUGUUGAAAAAAUGCAAAAGCAGUAUUUUCCGUAAAAAAACAUCAUUUUAUCUGUUACAUAGUACUUGAAUAACUUGGUAUUUCUUUUUUUCUGAAUUCUCAUCCGAUGAUGGCAGGGAAAACUGCAUUUGCGAUUUUCGCACAUUGCCCGCCUUCCUGAGGUUGAUGUAAAUUGCCUCGUUAAGAUCAAAACAAAGUAGCCGGUGAAAAAUUUUCUUGGACAAAAUUUGAAUAAAUCAAAUGGCGUUCUCAUUGAAAAAAAAACGCAGGUGGCGUCGAUUGCUCUGCGAGCAGAAAUGGCAAUGAGAAACACCGUUUGUUCGAAAGUGCAGAAUCAAAGUAAACCACGCCACCAGAGUUUUUAAAACGGAAAAUGUCAAAAGAGAAAAGCUUUUUGUUAGCGCUUUUAUUUUCAGAGUAUAAAAAUGGUUAGGAUAGAAGUGUCAAAUUUAUGUUUUUUCGUUUGUUUGUUUUUGGUAUAUCAGCUAGAAAAAAAGUAUAGUCAAAAACCAAUCCUGCAACAAAUAAAUAAAAUAGGAGGAAUACUAACACUAAUUAAGGGCUGCCAACCGAUUAGAUAAUCAAAAAAAUAUAUAUAUAUAUACAUAAAUAUUUAAACUAAAUGCAUUCUAAGCCAAUGAGAUAACAAAACGCAAAUCAAACGCAAUUGCAAAUGUGUGUUUUUCGAAACGUCGUACGGUCGGACGAACAAAAUAAAAAAAGAACUUGUUGUGGGGGAGGAGGCGGAGGCAACACGAACCCAUUUUUAAGUUGACGAAUAAACAACGUUAAAAACAAAAUCGACAACUGUUAAUUGUAAACUAUUAUUACAUCUAUAGCCACUACUAGUAGGGAUAGGAGAAGCAAACGCGCAGGAAGCAACCAACAACUAGCCAUUUUUGAAUAAGCCAGGAACCGAGAGCAGACUAAAAUAGUAAUCGCAGCAGAGCCUUAUAAAGGUCGGAAGGUUUGAUCACCGUCGACAAGCGGUGCAGGAAUGAGGUUGAAUAGAAAAGCUAGCCAAGCCAGCAAAACCAAAAGAGUAACGAAAUGAAACAAAGCAAAAUAGAGCUUCCAACGAUUUGCGAAACAUCUUGUGAGCGUAGAGCAGCAGGUGGGGAAAAAUUGAAAGCAAAAAGAAAAGAGAGACAAAAAAAAACAAAGUUGAAACUAUUACUACCAUUAUCUAUUGUUUUUUUUUCAUUCAAGUUAUAAGCUGGGGUUCGGAGGCAGUUUAAUCAUGAUCGAGCAGAAAACUAUUAUAAAAUAGAGCAAAAUACAAAAGUGAAGACGAAUAACAAAAAAAAACUACAUAUAAAACGAAUUUUGAUGAUGAUGAUGAUGAUGAUGCUGAUUGAUCGUUUUACUAUAUUUGUUUACUAUUAUCCUUAUUAUACACCAACCAUUUUUUCUUUCUAUUGAACAAUGGACUUAACCCGGAUGGAACGUUUGAGUUCGGCAUAAAAAAUGCGUGAAAAAACGCACUGUCUGAAGACGGGGGUUUCUUUUCCCAAAAACAAUGAGAGAGAGAGAGAAACAAUGUAAUUAGAAAACGACAGAAGGGAAAAGAAAAAAAAAUGAUAAUUUACACAAUUUCGUAUAUAAAGAAGGAAUAAAAAUUAGAAGUUAUAUAUCCUUGAAAAUUAAAA